AUGGUGAUCAACAGAAGGCAACAGUGGUGGCAGCACACUACCCACAUAAAGAACGUCUCCUUCUACGAACACAAUAUCUUCACCGCCAUAACCAAAGACCCUGACUAUGUCACUGCAUGGAUCUCUGAAAUCACCGAGAAUAUCAACGACCACCGUCUAAUAAUCGGUUUAGACACAGAGUGGCGCGCUUCCUUCCGGCGAGGAGGUGAAAACCGCGUCGCCAUCUUACAGUUAUGCGUAGGCCAUCGCUGUCUCAUCUUUCAAAUCAUCCACGCACCAUACAUCCCUCAAUCGCUUAUCGAUUUCCUGAACAACCCUAGUUACACCUUCACUGGUGUCGGCAUCCAUACAGAUGCCGAGAUGCUGGUGCGGGAUUAUGGGCUGGGACGUGCGGAUGAUGGGACGAGAUUGGCAGCGAAUGUGACGGACGUGGUGUGGCUGGCGGCGCCGAUGAAUGGUAACACGAUUAAUGGAUUAGGGUUGAAGUCGUUGGCGAAGAUGUUGCUGAGUAUGGAACCCGAGAAGCCGAAGCGUGUGACGUUGAGUAAGUGGGGAAACCAAUGGCUGUCGCCGGAACAAAUUGAUUAUGCAUGUAUUGAUGCUUUCUUGUCUUUGGAGAUUAGUAGGGUUUUGAUUACAUGA